AUGAAUGUUGAAUAUAAAUCGUCAUCGUCGUCAUUGUCAACAACAACAACAACCACAACGAAUAAUUCAACGAACGCGUUAAUUAAUAGUGCAGCAAAUCAAGGAAUUGCUACGCCACAGCCGAAGACUGUCGGACGAGUUCAGGGGUCAACUCCUUCGAAUUGCCUAGGCGGUCCAAUAACAACGCAGAGUGUAGCGCCACAAUUUUCCAUCCCGACGCCACAAGCACUUACUCAAAAUGCAAAUCCUGAGGUUUUAUCUGCUUUUGAAUGUCCAGUUUGUAUGGAUUAUAUGAUGCCACCUUAUUUACAAUGUCAGAGUGGACAUUUGGUUUGUGGAAACUGCCGUCCAAAACUUACCUGUUGUCCUACUUGUCGCGGACCAGUUCCAAGUGUUCGAAAUUUGGUUCUUGAAAAGAUUGCAAACACGGUUAUGUUUCCUUGUAAAUUCGCUGCGUCAGGUUGUCCCUUAACUUUUUCUCAUGUUGAAAAAGUUGAACAUGAAGAACUGUGUGAACAUCGACCAUACUGUUGUCCAUGUCCUGGUGCUUCUUGCAAAUGGCAAGGUAAUCUCUCUGAGGUCAUGGGUCAUUUAAUGAAGGUUCAUAAAUCAAUUACCACAUUACAAGGCGAAGACAUUGUUUUCUUGGCAACUGAUAUUAACUUACCUGGUGCUGUUGACUGGGUCAUGAUGCAGUCGUGUUUCGGAUAUCAUUUUAUGUUAGUUCUUGAAAAGCAAGAAAAAUUUCAAGAUGGGAAUCAAAUGUUUUAUGCUGUCGUGCAACUUAUAGGCGCCAAAAAAGAGUCCGAAAAUUUCAUGUACAGAUUAGAACUUGCUACUCACAGGAGGCGAUUCAGUUGGGAAGCUUCACCAAGAAGUAUUCAUGAAGGCGUUGCUCAUGCUAUAUCUUUAUCGGACUGUAUGGCAUUUGAUACGCAAACAGCUCAGCUGUUUGCUGAAAAUGGUAAUCUUGGUAUCAAUGUAACAAUAUCGAUGGUAUAG